AUGAGCCGAAGCGGCAGGGCCGCCCCCCUGUUAUCGACGCCGAUCCAGCUGUGCACCUACUCGAUACCACGCACCAAGCACACAUAUCAUCUAUGCAGUACGAGCUCUAGCACCAUGCGGCGCUCGCACAUCGCCGUGGGCGAUGUCGUGCGUCUGAGCUCACGUGGCAGCCUACGUCGUCGGCGUGGCCUCGUCGUGGUGCUCGAGCAGGGCGUCGAAGUCGCGCUCGUGGACAUGCACACCCAGACGCCCGUGCACACGUACACCAUCGCGCCAUCCGAUCGCGUCUGCACGCCGCCGCUCGUCGUGGAGCGCAGUGUGCCCACGUCGAAGCAGCUCGUGCGUACGACGUACUGGGGCGUGCUCCAGGCGGACCAUACGCAGGUGCGCGCGUUCACCGAGUCCCUCGAUAGCCGUGGCAAGCCUAUGCCCGGCGCCGAAGCCCACGCGCCCAUCACAUGGGACGUGCCCGGUGCGCUCACGGGCCUCUAUGCUCUGGGCGACGGCCGUCUCUUGGCGGCCGCGCAGGGCGCUCUGCACCUCAUCUCUGAUCCACUGGCCGGCGCUCAAGUGCUCGCGACACACACGGGCCUUCCCACCGACCUGCACGACGUCCAGGUGUGGGACGCCGACGGCAUCGCCCGUGUCGUGGCCAUCGCGGCCACCACCGACAAAGGCGCUCAUCUGUCCCUGCUGCAUGUGGACGAGGCGUCGUUCCGAGUCGUCCAAGGCACUCUGCCCCUAGACGAGGCCAUCGUGAGCUGUGCGCUCGAGCAGCAUGGCUCGCUCGCGGUGCUGACCCGCCGCCAUGUCCUGCACACCGUGUCGUGGCGCGUGACGGACGACCGCCUCGUGCUCGACGAACCGCAUGCCGUGCCACUCCGGCCGCUCGAGGAGGCCCGACUGGUGUAUGUCUCGCCGUCGCACCUGCUCAUGGUCGUCGCCGUGCCUGGUGAUGCGGAGCGUGUGCGUGCGUCGGCGCUGCUCUGGGACACGGACCUUGAUGCCGUGCUGGCCGUGACGGAGUGGUCGGCGCAGGGCGCGCCACAGAUCAGCACGACUCGCGCGAUGGACGGCUACGUGUUCGUCCAGCUCGAUCCCAAGGCCUCUCGCGCAGGCAAGUGCACCGUGGCCGCGCUGCCUGUGAGUGUGCCGGCCACGGGCCUGCUGCUGCAUGCCCUGGGCGCCUCGAGUCGCACGGCGCCGUGGCUCGCGACGCCGCCGCCCGAGCCCAUGGGGCGAGCGCCUGACUUGAUGGCGGCGCUGUCGUCCCUGCCGCCGGAUGCGUCGUCGCGCGCUGCGGCCGUCGAUGCGCAUGUGCGCUCGUGGCUCGACGCUCAGAGCGAGGCAUUGCGCGAAGCCUCGCAUACCAAGGCGGGACGCAAGGCGCCCAAAGUGCCGCUGGACGCGGCGGUCGUGACGCACCUCUUGGACGCCGCUCUGCCGCCGCUCGGCUCCGAGACACGUGUGUAUGCGCGCGACACGGUGCGCUACCUCGUGGAGAACGGCGCCGUAUCGACGUCGCUCAUGCCGGAUCUCGUGCCGCGUGCGCGCCAGACGCGCGACUGGUCGCUGGCCUUCCUCCUCCUGCGCCAUGUCCCUGACAUGAGCGAGUCGCAUGCCGUGCUGCUCCUGCGCGAUGCACUGCACGCCGCACGGCGCCAUGACGAAGACGCACCUGCGUUCCCGCGUGUGCUGCAGCACGUCCUUCUCCCACCUGCCUUCUCCAAGCCCGCCUUGCGCGUAGCCCUGCGCACGCAUCUCCAGCACGACGACGAUGCCCUGCUGCUCCUCGACGUGCUCCGCCUAUGGAUCGACCUCCACCUGUCCAGACCCUGGGACGCGGUGCCUCGGAGCGCGGACACACAGCGGGCGGUGCCGACGACGUCGCUCACGUACCGCACGGGCAGUGUGCAGCCGCCGAGCCUGGAUGUGUGCGUCUCGUUCAUGGAAGACCUGCUCGAUACCUUCUUCCCGCAGUGGCUGAGUGCGCCGGCGAUGCAUCCGAUCUUGCGCGAGUGGACACGCUCGCUGCACACGCACACGCACAUGCUGCAGCAGCUCUCGCGCCUGAAAGCGCCGCUAGCGUCGGUCGCGCAGGCGCGUGCGCCUGAGCACGACGCGCGCUCACGGCGUCUGGCGCUCCAUGAGGCCAGCUUGCUGGUGCCGACGUACUCGGUCGAGACCCUAGAUAUGUAG